AUGGCAGCUCCCGGGUUGUCAGAUCCACCUGGCUUCGACGACAAAGGCCUGGAACACACGGAUACUCCAACCUCCAUAUCCACAUCCGAAAAAGAAGAGCAGAAUCCUGACAGACGAGACCCGGAUGUGGAACGAGGCAUUCCGAUCGUCGACACAACGCAAGACGCCGACGAGAAGGCUUCUCCUGUCACCGCCGCCGCCCACGACCCCGACAUUGUCGAUUGGGACGGGCCAGACGACCCCAAGAAAGCCCUCAACUGGACGAAUAAGAAGAAAUGGUCCAACGUUGCCAUCAUCUCCUGUGUCACCUUUCUGACUCCUUUGGCUUCCUCCAUGGUCGCCCCGGCCACGCCUUUGAUUAUGGAUGAAUUCAACUCCUCCAACGACACCAUUGCCAGUUUCAUCGUCUCCAUCUAUGUGCUGGGCUACGCCCUUGGCCCUCUGUUCCUGGCGCCGAUAUCUGAGGUCUAUGGCCGCCUUCCCGUGUAUCAUGUCUGCAACUUCAUGUUCGUGAUUUGGACCAUGGCUUGUGCCCUUGCUCCUGGAAUCGGUCCAUUGCUCGCCUUUCGAUUGAUCGCCGGUAUUGCAGGAAGUUGCCCUCUGACCAUUGGAGGAGGGUCCAUAGCCGAUCUCUUUGUUCAGGAAAAACGAGGCGGAGCAAUGGCUUUGUUUGCAUUGGGACCACUGAUCGGCCCGGUAGCAGGUCCAGUGGCAGGGGGAUAUUUGGGCCAGGGCGCAGGCUGGCGCUGGGUCUUCUGGGUGAUCACCAUUGCUGGAGGCGUGGCCUUGGGAUUCUCCGUGUUGUUCAUGAGAGAAACAUACGAGCCAGUUCUGCUGGAACGACGCGCAAAACGACUUCGAGAACAGACUGGCAAUCCGGCAUUGCGGUCCAAACUCGAUCAAGAAAUUCCCAUGCGCGAGUACUUCUGGCGUGCCAUUAUCCGACCAACCAAGAUGCUCCUUUUCUCCCCUAUUGUCCUCUUGUUGUCCAUCUACAUGGCCGUCAUUUAUGGUUACCUCUACCUCUUGUUCACCACACUCACGAUCGUCUUUGAGGGGCAAUACCAUUUCAGCCAAGGUUCUGUUGGUCUCAGCUUCUUGGGUAUCGGGGUCGGUUCCAUGAUUGGCCUCGUUCUUUUUGGGACUCUCUCGGACCGUCUGGUCAAGAAAAUGUCGGCGAAAGGCGAAAUGAAGCCCGAAUACAGACUCCCUCCCCUCAUACCGGGCAGUUUGAUCAUCCCGAUUGGGCUCUUCUGGUAUGGUUGGUCUGCCGACCAGGGAAUCCAUUGGAUUAUGCCCAUCAUCGGUACGUUGUUUGUUGGCUUAGGUCUUUUGGCCACGUUCAUGCCGAUCCAAACCUACCUAGUCGAUGCGUAUCAUAUACACGCUGCUUCGGCCAUUGCAGCAAAUACCGUGCUGCGGAGUUUGAUGGGCGCCUUUCUACCCCUCGCAGGGCCGGAUAUGUACGCAGCGCUGGGUCUCGGGUGGGGCAAUUCUUUGCUUGCUUUCAUCGCAUUGGCCCUGUCACCUCUGAGCUGGAUCUUUUACAAAUAUGGAGAACGGAUCCGGAAAAGUCCCCGGUUUCAAGUGAAGCUGUAA